AAUCGAAAAGCAGCAUUCCAUAUUAUACGUUUUGCUUCUACUAGAAAAUAACUACUGUCCGCAUUACGUCCAAGUGCAGUUAACUGCAUAUCUAGCCGGCCAAAAGCUGAAGCGAGUAGGCGUAUCGCAGUUAGACGAGCUUGUGGCGAAAAAGAUGCCUCCAGUUCCAGGCCAAGAUAUCAAAGCAUUCGUUGAUGAUGCUAUAAAAUCACAUACUGUGACAGUUUUUGCCUUUUCAAAAUGUCCUUUUUGCAAAAAGGCAAAGGCCCUGUUUGCUUCACUUGGUAUUACUAUCCAUCUUCUUGACAUUGAUCUCAUGGAAACUGGCGCAGACAUAAAGGCCAAGUUAUUGGAAAUGACAGGACAGAAAACAGUGCCAAAUAUUUUCAUCCGGGGCAAACAUAUUGGUGGCUCAGAUGAUCUGUCCAAACUAAAUGAAAGUGGAGCAUUGAUGUCUUUAAUUAAUCCUCCAACAGAUCAAUAUGAUUAUGACUUGGUUGUGAUUGGAGGUGGUUCUGGAGGAUUGUCAUGUAGUAAGGAAGCCAGCAAGUAUGGGCUGAAGGUUGCUGUACUUGACUUCAUCAAACCAACCCCUUCUGGAACAACCUGGGGAUUGGGUGGUACAUGUGUGAAUGUUGGUUGCAUACCUAAGAAACUAAUGCACCAGGCAGCAUUACUUGGUGGUGCUAUCAAAGAUUCAAAAAAAUUUGGAUGGGAAUUAGAGCAAGAUAAAGUCAAACAUAACUGGCAAACAAUGAAAGAAGCAAUUCAGAAUUAUAUUGGUUCACUAAACUGGGGAUAUCGUGUUGCAUUGAGAGAUAAAGGUGUGAAAUACCUUAAUGCUUAUGGCGAGUUGAUGGAUGCACACAAAAUUAAGACUACAAAUGGUCGUGGAAAAGUCACAGAGAUCACAACUGAAACUGUUGUGGUGGCAACAGGUGAACGCCCCAGAUAUCCUGAUAUACCCGGAGCAAAAGAGUUUGGGAUAACCAGCGAUGAUCUUUUCUCCCUGCCAUAUUGUCCUGGAAAAACUUUGGUAGUUGGUGCUUCAUAUGUUGCAUUGGAAUGUGCUGGUUUUUUGGCUGGUAUUGGUUUGGACGUCACUGUUAUGAUACGCUCCAUCUUUCUGCGUGGUUUUGAUCAGCAAAUGGCUGAGAUCGUUGGUGGUUAUUUGGAGACAGAAAAUAUCAAGUUGAUUAAAAAACACGUUCCAACAAAGGUUGAGAUGCUGGAGGAUGGACAACCAAGAAAAUUGAAAGUACACUACAAAUCAGUGGAAAGUGGAGAAGAGUUUGAAGGAGAAUACAACAGCGUGCUGUUCGCCAUUGGUCGAGAUUCUUGUACAGAAGGUAUCGGUCUGGAAAAUGCUGGGGUGUCAUUGAACCCAAAGAACGGUAAAGUUAUUGUGGAUGAUAAGGAACAGACAAAUGUGCCAAAUAUUUACGCCCUUGGAGAUAUUUUGGACGGGAGAUUAGAACUAACACCUGUGGCUAUUGAAGCUGGAAUGUUGUUGGCACAAAGAUUGUAUGCUGGUAGUGAGACGUUGUGCGACUACGUAAACGUCCCCACUACAGUAUUUACACCAUUAGAGUACAGUUGUUGUGGCUAUUCCGAAGAAGACGCAACUGCCAAGUUUGGAGUGGAUAAUUUAGAAAUAUUUCACACCAACCUUUGGCCACUAGAAUGGACAGUCGCUGAGAAGGAAAACAAUAUUUGCUAUGCUAAACUGAUUUGUUACAAGCCGGAUCAGAACCGUAUUGUUGGUUUGCAUAUUGCGAGUCCAAACGCAGGCGAAGUUAUGCAGGGAUUUGCUUGUGCUAUCAAGUGUGGAGCAACCAAGGCAGAUUUUGAUCGAACCAUUGGAAUACAUCCAACAAUUGCAGAGGUGUUCACAACAAUGGACAUCACAAAAGGUUCUGGACAAGACAUCACUCAAAAAGGUUGCUGAGGUUAGACCCUACUGUAGUUAAAUCUUGGAAGCCUUAACUGGGAGGUGCACAUACACACACACCAAUACAGCACGUACGAUAUAUUAGCCCGAAGGAACAAUUGUGGCUAUACACAGGUUAAGAUGAGGCUUCCUAAGAACUACAGUGGGGAUAAAAACCCAUAUCGUGUAUCCUUGGUCUUGGUAAUACUCUGCAUAUUGUUUUUAUGACGGUCAGGUCUGCAGCCUUCUUCAGGAGGACUUGACUCGAUGGAGUUUUAUCCGUGGCGAGGGAACGCGACAUUUGACAUUAAUUACAUAUUUUAGUUUAGACUACAACCAUGCUGACUUUUUUGGUAACUAUUUAAUAGUAUGUUUAACAUUGGAGACACUUGCAAACGUUGUAUCCUAGGUAAUUGCAAAAAAAAUGAAAAAUACUUUACUCGUAGGAUAUUCUAUGAAAUUUCCUGCACAAGUUGAUCUACCCACCGGACUAAACUUAUUUAGAUACAAUAUAGAAAAGUAUAGUUACUAUAGCGAAAAAAGGUAAUUUGAUUACACAUCAUCAUCCUAUGCAAUA